AUGGCGUCUCCUCGACAUUUCAACAUUGUCGCCCUGGAAACCUUCUUCUGCCCUCUGCCUCCGCUUACAGUGCCUAGUCCACACACUUUCACAUUGACCGAGUACACGAGAACCGCGGCUCACGAAACAGCGGAAAGGAUUCGGGAUGCUGACAUUAUCAUAACAACUACAUUACGACUCGACGCUUCGGUACUCUCAUCCACAACAUGUCCAAACCUCAAAUUUAUCGCCGUAAUGGCCUCGGGAACAGACUCUAUUGAUUUGGAUGCAUGCAAGGAGCGUGGAAUUCGAGUGGUGAAUAGCCCAGAAUGUAAUGUCACUGCCGUGGCUGAACAUGCCUUGGGCUUGUACUUUGCCGCCAGACGCAGUAUAGUCCCUUCUAUGCGACACCUCGGUGCUGGACAAUGGCCACAGCGCGGCACUUUAAUGACAACUACCUAUGCUGCCGGCAAACCACCUCGAGGGUGCGGCAGCGAGACGGCCGUCAUUUACGGUCAUGGUGCCGUGGGCCGAGCAGUUCAAGCACUGUUUGAGGCGCUCGGCAUGACUGUCCUCAUUGCUGCCCGUAAAGGCACGCCGCCGACUGACGGCAGGGUCGCCUUUGAGGAGUCACUUAAAGUAGCCACUGUCAUGGUUGUCUGCUGCCCGCGCACGCCCGAGACACUGAACCUGCUGUCUGGACCCGAGCUGGCUCUGGUCAGAGAUGAUGCUGUGCUGGUCAAUGUUGCUCGUGGCGGCAUCGUGGAUGAGAGCGCGUUGCUCAAGGCGCUCCAGGAGAACCAAUUGGCAGGUGCAGCUGUUGAUGUCUUUGCCACUGAGCCAGCGAGUCCCGAGACUAGCCCGCUUCUAGGACCAGAGGCGGCACAUGUGAAUCUUGUUACGACGCCGCAUACCGCUUGGAUCGGGAUGGAUACCGCGACAAACUACCGUCGCGUGUUGCAGGAGAAUAUUGACGGGUUUAUCAUGGACAGACUUGAAAAGAAUAGGGUAAAAGCAUAG